UUUUUAGUUUGAAUUAUAGUCCAAAUACACGUUUAGUUGAAAUUACAUUUCAUAAUGAAUUCAAAGACGACACAUAUUUUGGUGACUUUAGUGACUAUGGCUCUGGUAGUUAUCCUCUUACUGGACAUGACUUCGGCUCAAAUCACGUUUUCAAAGGACUGGCGUCCGGGCGGUAAGCGAUCACUCAAUGACUACGGCUGUCAACAGAUGAACGAUAUGGCAGUCAUUAAGAUCAGAGAUCUCAUUAAGAGAAUCCUUGAAUAUUCUUCAGUGCGAAUCCGGCUCUCAUAUCACAGCACCAAAUGAUUCAAUCAAA